UCUGACAUGUAAAUAAAGUAGCCAGACACGUACACUCAUAACUGACUGUCUCGUUCUCAGCACGCGAAGUCAGCAGUGUGAAAAAAGACUGAUUAGAUAGCACGAUAUUUUCUAAUUACCUAUCUGUUUCUUUGGUUAUCUAAUAGGUUUCUAACUCAUUGGUUAAGGAAAACUUGUAGAAAGUUUGUCAAUUAUGGCUGUAAAUAAUAGUAAAAAAGUUUUUAAAUUUAUCUCCGACCAAGUCACUACUUCAUCGAGAAAUUAUGGCACAGCAAAGAGGGUUAUUGCUUCAAAGCCCAUUGUGGAGAUGGAUGGUGAUGAAAUGACCCGCAUAAUUUGGGAAAAAAUUAAAGAAAAACUUAUAUUCCCAUAUGUCAAGCUCGACUGCCUGUACUACGACCUGGGUCUGCCGAAUCGUGAUGCGACUAACGAUCAAGUGACGAUCGAUGCAGCGCAUGCGAUCCUCAAGCACAAUGUGGGCAUUAAAUGCGCCACUAUUACACCUGAUGAACAGCGUGUUGAAGAAUUCAAGUUAAAGAAGAUGUGGCUAAGUCCGAAUGGUACUAUACGUAACAUUCUGGGCGGAACCGUCUUCCGUGAGCCGAUUCUAUGCAAGAGCAUACCUCGAGUUGUGCCUGGCUGGACUAAAGCUAUUGUUAUUGGUCGUCAUGCCCAUGGAGACCAGUAUAAGGCUCAAGACUUUGUAGUUCCGAAACCUGGAAAGGUGGAAUUAGUAUACACACAAGAAGAUGGAACGGUAACAAAGACCCUAUUGUACGAUUUUAAAGUGCCUGGAGUUGCAAUGGGAAUGUAUAACACGGAUGAAUCUAUCCGCGCCUUUGCCCAUUCCAGUUUUCAGGUCGCGCUGCAGAAGAAAUGGCCGUUAUAUUUAUCAACAAAAAAUACCAUUCUCAAGCGUUAUGACGGUCGGUUUAAGGACAUCUUCCAAGAAAUCUUUGACAGUGACUACAAAAAACAAUUCGACGAUGCCAAGAUAUGGUACGAGCAUCGCCUUAUCGACGAUAUGGUGGCUCAGGCCAUUAAAGGCUCUGGCGGAUUUGUUUGGGCGUGUAAAAAUUAUGACGGCGAUGUACAAUCUGAUAUUGUUGCGCAGGGUUAUGGGUCACUGGGUAUGAUGACGUCAGUGCUGAUGUGUCCGGACGGACGUACUGUGGAGUCUGAAGCGGCUCACGGGACUGUGACUCGUCACUAUCGCAUGCACCAGCAGGGGAAACCCACUUCCACCAACCCUGUGGCGUCUAUAUACGCCUGGACCAGGGGUCUGGUACACCGAGCCAAGUUGGACGGUACACCCGAAUUGGAACGGUUUGCUGUGGCGCUAGAAGAGGCGUGCGUCGAGUGCAUCGAUAGUGGCAAGAUGACCAAGGACUUGGUUAUAUGCAUUCAUGGACUAGCCAAUACCAAGGAAGGAAUGUUUUUACACACUGAAGACUUCUUACAAGCUAUUGCUGAUCAACUUGAGCACAAACUCUCAAAGUAAAAGCAAAGUCUGUAGAUUAAAUAAAUAAAUUACGAUGGGGUCUCCAAAUAGGAAGGCGAAAAUGAUGAUGAUGCAAAAACAUAUGCAUGGAAUACAUAAUAUUCAAUAUUUUUCAGGAGAUUGCAUUAGAGAUUUUAUAGAAAAUAUUGAAAAUUGGAAGAUGAAUUGAAGAAAUUUGAAGAUUAGUUAUAUAAUAUAGAUAAUAAUUUUAUUAUAAUGUUACAAAUAAAAAUCAUAAUUUAUAUACUUA